GUGAGAUCCUUGGUAAUUGCGGAGUGCCAGCUAUCGGUCUAAUAACGUAUUUAAUUAACAAUAAUGUUUUAUUGACAUUGGUACCUGUUUGCCGCUGCCUUCUUGUUUUAGAGUUUCGAUCUGAAUUCCAUUAGUUUGGAACGGUCGCACAGAUAAGGGACAUCAUGACACGCGUCAACUUUUAUAUCGUCCUCCUGACGGUAUUCCUGGCUACCUGCAGCUCCGUGGUCGCCGAAAUUGAGAAUGAAACGGAACUUAAUACACUACAUCCAAUUAGCCGGAAUGGCAAAAUAGUAUUAAUGAGUGAGGAGUUGAUGAAGAAGUUAGAGAAUGAGCACUCCACUUGGCACUGGACUCCAUGGCUGAGGACUCGAGUGGAAAUCAACGAAGAUGGUGUAGCGCAGCAGACGUGCUCCUCUGGAGACUCCAUUGAAAGUUUCCCUGACUCGCUGUUUACUGAUGAACAGCUGAGGCAGGGUGCUUUCUUGCUAUAUGUACUGUUCGGUAUCUACUCAUUUACACUUUUGGCAAUCGUGUGUAAUGAUUACUUCAUUCCUUGUGUGGAACUGAUUUGUGAAGACUUAAAGAUUCCUCAGAAUGUAGCAGCUGCUACUUUUAUGGCUGUCGCCACGUCUUGUCCCGAGUUCUUCGUUAAUGUGAUUUCAACGUUUUUAACUGAGUCUAGUAUGGGUAUCGGUACCAUUGUCGGUUCCGCUAUUUUCAACGCACUCGGAGUGGCUGCUGUGGGAGGUCUCGCUACCAUCAUACCAAUCAAAAUAGAGCGUCGUCCUGUGACUAGGGAUGUAAUUAUCUAUAUGUUUAACGUGAGUGUCCUGGUAGCUUUCGUGUGGGAUGGACAGAUUGACUGGUACGAGGCUGUGGUACUUGGAGUCCUGUACGUCCUCUACUUCGUCGUCAUGUUCAACAGUGUCAGGAUGUUCGCUAUUUACGACAGAUUAGUCGCUAAGUGGUGCAACAAGAGCAACUCUUUGGACGUUAUGGAAAUGCCCCGCACAGAAAACGAAAAGUCUAUUGAAGAAGGCGUGGAUAACAAAGGAUUCAGCGAUACAACUCCUGGUAAUCCUGAGAAAGUGUCCGUCGUUGAUAACGUUGAAACUGAGGUCGUCAAACCUAAGAAGAGUGUGUUCAGAUGGCCUAAGGAAAACUCAAACUUGUACAAGUUUUGGUGGCUUUACACUUGGCCCUUGAAACUUGUGCUGGGACUGACCAUCCCGUCACCUAUCACUUGUAGAAGAUGGUACCCAUUUGCUUUCUUCAUGUGCAUCGUGUGGAUUGGUGCCAACUCAUACUGUGUGUCUUGGAGUAUGACCGUGAUUGGUCAUACUUUCUACAUUCCUGAAUCAGUGAUGGGAAUGACUUUCCUGGCAUUUGGUGGAUGUCUUCCCGAAGCCUGCUCCGUAUUCAUCAUGUCCAGACGAGGUGAAGGAGGUAUUGGUGUCUCGAAUGCUCUGGGAGCUAACUCCUUGGCAAUUUUGUUCGCGUUGGGUCUUCCAUGGCUCAUCAAAACUCUGUCCUUGGUCGCGCAGGACGCCGACCAACAGGCCGUGCUCAUUGACUCAGCUGGUAUUGACUUCGUGGUGGGCUCUCUGCUCGUAGCCGUCGCCUGUUUGUGGAUCACCCUCUACAUUGGCAAAUUCACGCUCAGAAGAAGCCUUGGUGCUAUCCUCUUAAUUCUCUACGCUAUCUUUAUUACCUUCGCUAUUCUUGUAGAAAUGGGAAUAAUUUUAGACCGAGGCAUUGAAACAUGUUGAGUAAUUUGUUAGCAAUUUCAUUGGAUUAAGAUAAUGGAGUUAGUAAUCAUUAGAGGUUAUUAAUUCUCUUUGGCUUAGUGUACGCUCAGAUGGAUCACUUUAGUUAAUGAUACCCACAAAAUGUUGAAAUACUAAGUCAUUAAUAGUUGUAGCUGCUUAAGGCAGCAUUUAAUAUGUUGGUGAUUUUAAUGAAAAUUGACUGUGUCGAACACUGUCGUGGACAUGUAAAACAUGUAAUGUUUCAAAUGCAUAUUGGGUAAUGAAAUAAUUUUAUGUAAUUUAAUGAAUUUCAGUAGUUUGAGAUCCGUUGAGCUAUAUCGAGCCUUAGUUUAAUACAUAACUCGUUACUGGAAUGACCAAAAGAGUAUACUCGGACUUUUAAUUCGAUUCAAUAAAGUGACAUUUUUUGUACUUUAUGCAAAGAAUUUACUCUUUGAUAUAUGAUAAUAAAAUAUUUAUCAAUAAAAGAAAUUGAUAAGAAAGUAUUCAAUCCAGGAAGAGCAGCGCAGACGUUCAUCCGUAAGGUGGACAGAAGACCUGAUACAUAAUUUAAACGGGCUGCUCUUAUUGAGAUAGUGAUUCAUUGGUAUUGUCAAUUGAUAAAUGAUAAUAAUGUAAGAAUAUAACGUCUUAAUUUAAAAUCAUUCAUUUCGAUGAGCCGAAUCUGUAUGUAAAAAUAACGAAUGUCAAUUUACAGGAUAGAAUUAAAGGUCUGUGUAUAGGUAAUAAGCGAUUACAAAAGGUAAGCUAGGAUCUGAUUAUAUGCAGCUGAUUACGAUUUUGAUAUUUUUUUUAAAUAUACAGAGUGACUGGUUGAACGAUGCGGAUAUACUUACAGCGUGUUUAAGCACCUGUGUUUAAAAUUGUUGUGAGGAAUGAAAAUAUGAAUAAAGUUGGCUAGAGGGUUUCAAAUUUCAUUCCCGAGUGGGAUAAAACAUUAUUGAUGACGGUAUUUGGUUAUCGACAUUCUCAAUAACCAAGUGUCGUAGCAAAGAGGUCUCCCCUGAUACAGGGGAAUUAUAAACAUGACAUGUGACCCCUUGACCUACUAUAUGUGAUAGUUGUUUUGUUUCUAUAACUUUAUCACAUGUUUCGUUUACCUGUUGCUAUCACAGUGUGGAUGUUGGAUCUCCUUCGUUGAACUAGUCAGUCUGAUGCCGGUACAAACACAUGUGAUAUUUACUUACCUUCUUGUCGGGUCGUUGGCCCCAUUAAAUCGCGUCCUUUUGCAUUUUUUAGAUUAAGUAAUUAAUUUCAAUGUAUUCCUACCUCGUACAAAAUAUUGUAAAACUCUAUUUUUGCGACUGAUGGGACGUACCUACGCAUAAUAAAUGAACUUUAAUUAGCAUCUAAGUAUGUAAAUUAUAUUAUUUAUUUAGAGUUGUUUAAUUUUGUAUGAAAUUUCUUUAACUCUACGAGAAGUUUGAUUGCAAAUAGACAUAGUAGAUUGGUUGA